GAAGUAAUAAAACUGUUGCCGCCCUAUGUUUGAACGAGCUCUACGCGUGUAAAAGUGGCCAUUUGACGCUUACUACGGUUCAAAAAACAUGAAACAGAGUCGGUGAGCAUGGAGAGUCCUGAGGGUUCAGAGGUGGAGUCGGGAGUGAGCAUGAACCCACACAAGCGCCUCUGCACCGCUAACAAUAGACCAGGAACAGCAUUGAAUGAAGUAGUGGACGUGAGUAUCAUCAUGCCAAUGUACAACGCCUCCCUUUGGCUGGACGAGUGUCUGCAGGCCAUAUUUGACCAAGACUUCACCGGGUCAAUGGAACUUUCUGUUUUUGAUGACGCCAGCACUGAUGACUCCAGAAAAGUGGUGGAAGCUUGGAGGCAGAAGUUGGAGGGGAGGAGCAUCUCAGUGGUGAUCAGUGGCCACAACUCAGAGCAGCCAAGAGGAGUGGGAUAUGCAAAGAAUAAGGCAGUAGCGCAGAGCUGUGGAAAAUACUUGUGCUUUCAGGAUGCAGAUGACGUCAUGUUGCCCCAAAGGGUUCAGCUGCAGUACAAGGCAUCUGUCUUUCACUCAAACUCUCUGAUCGGCUGUAGAGUCCAAAGGCUUCCUGAGGGAUCCACAGAACGUUAUACCCGCUGGAUCAACACGAUCACACAGGAUCAGCUUCUCACACAAGUGUACACCUCGCAUGGACCAACUGUCAUCAUGCCAACGUGGUUCUGCUCAAGACACUGGUUCUCCAAUGUUGGAUGGUUUAGCGAGGAAAGCAAGGGAGUGCCUGAGGACUUGAUCUUCUUUUACCAGAGUCUUCGUCAAGGAGUGGGUGUGACCAGAGUUGACCAGUGCCUGGUGGUGUACCGUUACCAUGAGAAGGCCACCACACACUCUGUGAAAGAGGAAACCAUUUGGAACCUGCGAGUUGGAUUCCUUCAGGAGAGGGUUAUUAGCCAAUGGGAGAGUUUCACCAUUUGGAAUGCUGGCAAACAAGGCCGCAAGCUGUACCGAUACCUCAAAGCCACCAAUCAGAAGAAAGUGAAAGCUUUCUGUGAUGUGGACAAGAACAAGAUUGAUAAAGGCUUUUAUACAUAUGAGGACUCCAAGGAACAACCGAAGCCAAAAAUUCCAAUUCUGCACUACAAAGAUGCGUCCCCACCUUUUAUCAUCUGUGUCAAGCUGGACAUGACAGGCGGCAUUUUGGAGGAAAACCUCAAGUCAUUGCAGUUGAAAGAAGGAACAGAUUUCUUCCAUUUCAACUGACAGCUUGGAGAAGCAUCAGAGAACAAGACUGGUGUGUCCCCGCAUGGCUCUUGGGCAUGAACUUCACCAGAGUUGCAUAGGUUCGUAAUGGAAUCGUCUUUCACUCCUUAAUGACAGGGCUGUCCAAAUGUUUUCCAACCAGGACCGCAUACAGAAAAAUUUCAGGAUCCAGAUGCAUCAUGCCCCAUUGAUAUUUUUUUUAAUUAAAGAUACUAAAACCAAUACAAUGUAGGUCAGUCAAUAUAUAGUUAACUAUAUCAACAAAACAUCCAAUUUUAGCUUUGUGUUCUAGGUAACAAAGCACAUUAGUGUAAUAUCUAAGUAGAGAUGUGACAAUAUGAAAAUGUCCUAUCGCGGUCAUAAAUCAGUUAUCAUCAUCACGGUAUUGUUGAAUGUGCUAGAAAAAAAAAUACUUAAACACACACUGAAAUCUUUUAACCAGGUUGUAUUUUUUUAAAUAAAUAAAUAGACAUACACUUUAGUUGGCCGAAAAAAAUGUUCAAUAUUGUUGUUGCUUCUUUAGAGCCAUAUAGUGUUUCAAUAUGUUUAUCUUCUUCCAUUUCAAUUUGUUAAGGUUUUAUAGUGUUUGUAUGUGUAGUGUUUUAUAGUUAAGCUAGCUAAUGAUUUCCGCUCUAGCUUGCUUUUUCGAUAAAUGAGCUGUAUCAGCGGUCCGUAAGUUUAUUGAAGUGCAGCUAUCAAUCCCGGUUUUAGGAUCUUUUUAAUAUUAAACAGUGAGUUUAUCAUUAAUACCAUACAUUUCUACAUCCCUACAUUUAACCUAACCCCCUUGACAUUUCAAUUUUUUUCUUCUUAUUCAUUGCUAAUAUGAUUAUUAUUCCGCCAUCUAAAGCUUUAUCCAAUGCUUUAGCACACUCAAAAACCACUGUAUCUUGCAAGGAAUUUGUACCCAUGUUCAUUAUGACAGAAGGCCCAAAAUCAUCAAAGAUUAUAUAAAGUAAAACUCUCAGGUCCUCAGCCAUUUUGGUUUUCAGGUCCCGUUUUGGGGGGGGAUUUGGGCCUGUUUUUCUUUGUUUUUUGUGUAAAUUUUCUAAACCAGAACGUAUUUAUUUUGUCUGUAGAAUGUGUCACGGGCCAAUAAAAAAUGGCCUUCUGGCCGCACUUU